AUGUUAAGAGCGGCACAUCUUAAACUGAUUGCUAUUGUAUCCAUAUUUGUUACUAUUCUUUCUGUUUCUGGUUUAACAGUUCUUGUAGUUCUAUGGCACAAAAAACUUUCACCAUUUCAAGAUUAUGCACUUGUCGUUGAUGCUGGUUCGACACAUUCGAAAAUUUUUCUUUAUACAUGGCCUGCUGAUAAAUCCGAUGGUUUGGGUGAAACAUCCCGAAUAACUCAAGUUAAAGCUUGUAAUGUACCUGGCGGAGCAAUCACAUCAAUUACCGACCCGACACUGGCUAACGCUAAGGAAUACUUUGAUUUAGCUAUGUCCGAUUGUAUUAGUGAAAUUCCAUCAACUCGUAAAAGUCGAGCAUAUAUUUUUCUUGGCGGAACAGCUGGCCUACGUUUAUUCAAUAUGUCAAAUUCUAGUUAUACGAAUAGUUUAUUAGAUAGUACACGCGCUUAUUUUAGUACGCUUGGUGUUCUCAUUAAAGCACCGGAAAGCCAAGUUCGAAUUAUUAGUGGUAGCGAAGAAGGCCUAUCCGGUUGGAUAUCAGUCAAUAUUCUUAUGGGUCAAUUAUUCGAAAAUAAUAAACCAUUCGAUACAUAUGGUGUAUCAGAUAUGGGAGGUGCCAGUACACAAAUUAGUUUUAUUUCUCCUAAUGCUACGAAUGACCGCUUUAAUAUGACUCUUUUUGACACACAAUAUAAUCUAUAUUCGUAUUCAUAUUUAUGCUAUGGAACAGAGCAGUUGCGUUUGAUACAUCUCGGUCAACUUGUAAAUAACGCAAAUGGAUCGCUAAGAAUCGAUGAGCCAUGCUUGCAAUAUGGUUAUUUACAAAAUUUAACUUAUGAUAAUAUAUUCAAUACACCUUGUGCUCAAAAUCAGGAUGCACCAUUGCCAAAUCUUGAUACAUCAUCGAACUUCACAUUUGUAGGAUUAGGGAAUUCUACACAAUGUUCUGUUCUUAUACAAGAACGUUUAAAUGAAUCAGUUUGUACAUCAGCAACUUGCAGUUUCAAUAAUGUCUAUCAACCAAAACCGAUUUCAGCAUCUCUAAAAUUUAUCGCUAUUUCAGCAUGGUAUACAACAUUUCAGAAUUUAGCUCCAAAUGUCAGUUUAUCUCCUGAUAAAGAUGGAAAUUUUAAUUUCAGCAAAGUUACUUUUAGUCAGAUCAAAAGAGCUAUAGAUGCAAUAUGCAAUCAGCCAUGGUCAGAUCAACUGCCACCAAAAGAUCAAUAUCGGCCAUUUUUAUGUUUCAAUUCAAUGUAUCAUUGGACACUACUUGAACAUGGCUAUUCGAUGAACGAUACAAAUUUAAAAAAUUUUCAAAUUGUAAAAAAAAUUAAUUCUAAUGAUAUCGGUUGGACAUUGGGCUUUAUGAUAAAUCAAACCAACACUAUCGGUGCUGAAUUUCGACCAGCACGUUUAAUAACUGAAAGUGAAUUUGCCGGUUUAUUAUUUUUGUGCUUAUUAUUUUUGAUUCUUAGUGCAGUUAUAUCUUUUCUGGCAGUGAGAUAUUAUAAACGACGUCAAGGCUAUUAA